AUGAGAUUCAUAACUCACCCUUUCCCCAUCGCUGCGGUAGGGUGGUGCAUCCUCGCCGCGCCAGCUGAGGUCACUGCCACACGCAGAGGGGACAACAAUACCAUCGAGUGUCGUAGAGCAACGGUUGCUAUUCUUGGGGCUGGUGUCGCUGGCAUUACAGCCGCCCAGACCCUGGCAAAUGCCUCCGUCUCAGACUUCUUGAUCGUCGAACGCAAUGACUAUAUCGGUGGCCGCGUGGUGCAUACCCAUUUCGGCCAAAAACCUGACGGAACCCCUUACACGGUCGAACUCGGCGCGAAUUGGGUUCAGGGGUUGGGUUCAGAGAGCGGGCCUGAAAAUCCCAUCUGGACGCUGGCCCGGAAGCACAAGAUAAAUAACACGGCGUCGAACUACGAGUCGAUAUUAAAUUAUGACAAGGACGGCGCGGCCGACUUCGACGAUCUAGUCGCCGCGUUCGACGAGGCGUACGCGAUCGCCGAGCAGGACUCCGGAUAUGUGCUCACGGACAACCUGCAAGACACUAGCAUGCGGGCCGCCUUAAGCCUCGCCGGCUGGAAGCCGAAAGACGACAUGCACGCUCAGGCGCUUGAAUGGUGGAACUGGGAUUGGGAGACGGCGUGGUCACCGGAGCAGAGCGGUUUCCUGUUCGGCAUCGCAGGAUACAACCUGACCUUCUACCAGUUUAGUGACCAGAACAACUUCGUGUGGGACCAGAGAGGAUUCAAUACGUUUGUAGCCGGAGAAGCAAGCGAAUUUCUCGAAGCGAACGACUCACGGUUGCUAUUGAAGACUGUUGUGACGGAGAUCUCGUACGACUCCGGCGGCGUUAUUGUUCACUUCGAAGGCGGCGGUUGUAUUGAGGCUGAAUAUGCUAUCGCUACCUUUUCGCUGGGAGUGCUGCAGAAUGAUGUGGUCAGAUUUGAUCCGCCGCUGCCGCGAUGGAAGCGCGAGGCCAUCGAACAAUUGCAGAUGGGCACGUACACUAAGAUCUUUCUGCAGUUCAACGAGACCUUUUGGGACAAGGACACCCAGUUCUUACUCUACGCCGACAACAAGACCCGAGGCUACUAUCCCGUCUGGCAAUCGCUCUCAGCCCCAGGUUUCAUCGAAGAAUCUAACAUCAUCUUCGUGACCGUGGUCGACACCCAGUCGCACAGGAUCGAGAAACAAUCUGACGAGGAGACCGAGGCGGAAGUCAUGGCUGUCCUCCGGACUAUGUUCCCAGACAAAAAUAUCCCAAAGCCGCUUCAUUUUAUGUACCCACGGUGGAGCACAGAGAAAUGGGCCUAUGGCUCGUACAGCAACUGGCCGGUCGGCAUGACGCUUGAGAGGCACCAAAACAUGCGCUCUAACGUAGAUAGGCUCUGGUUUGCCGGAGAGGCGACCUCAGCACAGUACUUCGGGUUUUUGCACGGAGCCUGGUUCGAAGGUCAUGACGUCGGGAUGCGAAUCGCUGGUUUGCUCGGCCAGGGCGGGAACGUCAGCCAGUGUGAUAGUAACUCGACUUUCGGGUGUGGAAGGAUGGUGAACUACACGGAUCUCCAUGGGACAACCUUCCCAGAGGAGUACAAUGUGCAGAACGGGUGGUCGAAGAGCAGUUUUUUAACAUAUGGUCAUGGUGGAUAA